AUGGUCUGGAGUGGAUUCGGCUCGGAGGAAAGGAGCGCCGCCGCCACAACCAGACGACGGACGGACGGCGGCAAGCGAUUCAAUGGCCUGGCCGAGACACGCGUUCUCAACGUGACCUUCAAGGACUACGUGAUCACCACCACCGUCACGUCCUCCGGCAGGGCCGUGGAGCGCUGGAUGGCGGAGGUUCUUUCGGUGCACCGCUCCGGCGGCGGCGUUAUCAGCCACAACCAAAUCCACGUCGGGCUCGACGUCGAGUGGCGCCCCAGCAACUACGGCGGCCAGCAGAACAAGGCCGCCACCCUGCAGCUCUGCGUCAACUGCCGCUGCCUCGUCUUCCAGCUCCUCCACGCCGACUACUUCCCCGCCGCGCUGGCCAGGUUCCUCGGCGACCGCAGCAUCGGCUUCUACGGCGUCGGCGUGAGGGCGGACGCGGAGCGGCUCAGAGCCGACCACGACCUGGUGGUCGCCAACGCGGUGGACCUGUGCGGCUACGUGGCGGAUUGGCUGAACCGCCCUGACCUCCGCCACGCUUCGCUGCGCGCCAUCGUGGCCGCCGUCAUGGGCGUCGAGCUCGUCAAGCCGCACAGGGUGACCAUGAGCCGGUGUGACGCGCGCCGCCUCAGCGACGAGCAGAUCAGCUAUGCCUGCAUCGACGCGUUCGUCUCUUCCGAGGUCGUGCGGAUGCUGAGCUACGCGUACAGGGACUUGAUUGUAUCGUGA